AUGUCAAGAACUUCGCAAGUGCUCACGAUUGAGCCUUCUCAUGAGCUUGUGUUUAAAGGUCCUUUUAAUGAUGUAGUGACUUGUCAAAUGAGGUUGACGAAUCCUACGGAACGCCGGGUUUGCUUCAAGGUGAAGACAACAGCUCCAAAACAGUACUGUGUUCGUCCGAAUUCGGGUGUUCUUAAUCCGGGAGAAAUAUGUAAUGUAGCGGUUAUGCUUCAGCCAUUUGAUCCAUCCAGUGAUGUAGAAGUGGAGCAUACAAAGCAUAAAUUCAUGGUGCAGAGCGUUUAUGCACCGCCGGGGGAUCUCUCAUUAGAUAGUAUUUGGAAAAAUGCACAACCUUCCGAACUUAUGGAUUCAAAGUUACGAGUCGUCUUUGAACAUCCUCCUGUUUUGGAAUACAGAGGAGACAAAACGCCUCCUCGAAUGUUCUCGGAAUCAAAACCUGCAACCGGUGGAUAUGCUGCGAAUAUGGAUGUCGAAGUACGUCGUGUAAUUGAAGAGAAAAAUAGAGUGGAAGCUGCGAAGGCUAGUUUGGAGAGGGACAAUAAUAACCUUAAGGCUCGGCUUGCUGCGCUUGAGGCAAUUCCUCAAGUUACGGGUGAUCAGACAUCAGAAGGCGGAAUCACAAUCCUUCAAAUGGUGCUGAUUGGAUUUGCUGCUCUUAUGUUUGGACUCAUUUUUGGCAAACUAUUCUGA